AAAACCACAGGAGCACAAACCACGCUUUAUCCUGCCAGUGUGUCCCGCGCAGUACACGUUAGUCACAGGAAACCCCUUAACUCACCCAGCACUCUGUACACGCUCACACACACUGCUGCAGCCUGCUCACAAAGGAGGAUGGCCAUGAGGAAAAUGAAUGAGAUGUGGAGAAGGAUGGCUUUGGCUUUGGCGCUGUGUGUUCUGCUCUUCCAUAGUUGCCUGGGACAGGAUACAUCUCCAGCAAGCCCUGUUGCUCUUACUGUUACAAGAAUAGUGAUGCUCACAAACCCAACGACCGCCCCAGCUACUGGUGCUGCUAAUGCCCCAACUGACACUGCUAUCUCUAAUGCGCCCGAGGACACCAAAGCAUCUCAAACAAUUGCACCUGUAACUGUCAAGGACGCUGUAAGCAGUCUAGCUACAGACCAGGCCACCACGGCAGCACCCUCUGGAGGCAAUCUUAAUUCUUUCACUGUCAUGCAGGAAAUAGACAUUCUGAAAUUCUUUGACAAAGAUGAUUCUGCAGGCCCUGAAAAAACUAGCAUUGUGGUGAAGACCUCUCAGCCUUUUGAAAUGAGAGUGAGGUGUGUGGAAAAGGAGGCAGUACAGGACAGGGUCGCUGUGAAGGUUGAGUUGGAGACCGCUUCCAACUGUGAUGCCACAAGGAGCAAAAUAGAGGCCCAAAUGAGGCAAUUAUGCCCCGAAUUGAACUGCAACUUUGAAAUCUUCCAGGAGGAAAACUCCAAAAAUGUGAUUGUAACUGGAUCAAAUGUUACAGGAGAUGUCAAUGGAAUUGCUGAUAGGCUUGCUGGUAUCAAAGCAGAUCUGGGAGUGGUAACAGCCUCAGCCGAGCAACAGAGCAAUCAGAAGCCAAAGAUACAGUCACCUGCUGUGUUUGUGUCCGUGCUGGUGGCUGGCUUAGCAUUGGGUGCUGGGCUGGUAGGAGGAUACUUGUGGAAGAACCGUCACUCCAACGCAAAGGGCAUGAAACUGGCUGAGGAGUCCAUGAUGCCUGAUGAAGAGAACCAGGGCAACACUUUGGUAUCUGUGGCCCCUCUGAACCCCCCAGAGCCCCAGGAGAAGCCUAGCCUGAAUGGAGAGUCCCCAGAAGCUGUGAAGACCCAGAAUCCCCCUGCAGCUACGAACGGUCACUCCGCCACCAAGACGGCAGACACUGAGCUGUGAGAGCUGUUCAGUACUGCAGGCCCUGGGUUAAAGCCCAUCAUCCCAGCCCCCCUAAACCUAAACCCUGUUCUGUGGACCCUGGCCUACAAAGGACACCAGGGGACUACCACAGCCAAUGCUCCAUCUCCCGUAUUUUCCUUUAUUUUUAUCAAUACGAUUAGCAAACACUGGGGGCCAAGCUAAUUUGUAAAGAGGAUGGUGAUGAUGGUUCUGAUAUGUAGUUUAAAAAUAGUUUGUAAGAUAAAGCCAAUCAAAAUUCUCAACUGUAAACAUGACUCAGACUUUAUGGUGUUAAGUUGUCCAGGCAACGAUGAUGAUGAUAAUGAUGAUGAUGACGAUGGUAAUGCUGAUAUUUUGGUAGGUUCAUAGGAUUGAAUCAAGGCGACAACCAAAUCUUUUUUGCAUAUUUCCAAUUGUUAAAUGCCAUGUAAAGGACGUGUAAGUUUGUGGUAAUAUGCUGAUCAAGUAAUGAUGGUGCUAGUAAUUUUGGUAUUAUAUAAUGAAAUGAUGGUCCUUUAUAAUGUGAAGAACGUGAGAGGUGUGGCCCUCUGAGCUGAUGUUAAAUACUGGCCUGGGUGGAGGACCUUCCACGUGAUUCAUUGAUGGCUCCCAUGACUGCAGUCAGGGUUGGCCUGGGUUUAUCCCUGCUCGUGUCUCAAAGCUUCACAGCUUCUCUCUGAAACCUUCCACAUGGCUCCCUGUCCGAGAACACAUCGUUCCUCUGGUCAUUCUAAAUUACAUGAUGAAGAAAUGCUCAAAAUGAUGAUAUGGGCUUUACGUUUGCUUUUGUAUGUGUGUGUGAGUGUUUACCUCCAUAUGGGUGUAUCAGGGUGUGAAAAUGUAUCGAUUUGAAAGCGAUCAUCGAUUGUGGAAUGCUAUUACCAAGUGUGAGCUAAUUUAUUUGGCCAAAGAAAAAGUUUAGGCAAUUUUCAGAUGUAAAAAUCCCAAAAAGUUUAGUGUAAAUUUACCUGCAUUAUUUACCACACUGUAAAAAUGUUCAGCUUGCAUAAAAAGUUAGUUAUUCUGUAGUCAGAACUAAAAUUAAUAUUUAGUUGAGCUACCAUAACAAUCUAUAUUGCAGUAAGAAGUACAAGUCAAAACUUUUUGAAGGCAGUGUUAGGAGUCUUGCCCAAGGACUGUUAUCUAUACAGUGGGGUGGUCCUACCUACACAGGGUCUCAUAUGCCUUACUACCCCUGCCUUACUACAAAGCCAACAAAUUACAUAAUUAGAUAAUUUAAUGCAGGGCAUGUAGGUUAUACUAUAUGUGCUAAAUGCAGCUAUUGAUGUGACAAGAAGUUGCAAGGAAUUUCCUGUUGGUGUUCAAAAAUUGCAUGAAAUCUAUCUAAUUUCAUCUAAUAAUGCAUUUACAGUAAAAGUACAUAUAUACAUUUGACUCAACUCAGGUGGAUAGGUUUGCAGAGGAAACUGGAAUAAACUCAUUAGAUAUUGUUCAUCAGACUUCUUUGUUUUAAAUGCACCCCAUGUAAGAUUUGUGAAUUUGGAGACCUUUCUGGUUGAAAUGUGCAAUUGCACGCAACUUGUGGAAAAGCAUUAUGUAGUAAACUUGCUGAAGGACGUCUUCUGAGGAUGUAAGUGAAUGAUCUACUAUUGUCAUCACAUCGGUAUAAUGCUGAUUUUAAUUUGAGACCUAAACCUUAAGCCUUCCUCUGCGUGUGACAUUAAUACCUAAAGACGCAUGACGUGGUCCAAAAAACUCCUGCAAAAGCUGACCUGACGGCUCUGACUUUUCAAAUAUGUCAGGCUUUACAGAGUUUUUAUUUCCUCCUGACUCAGUAAUGCUACUUCUUUCAAUUUGAACAAAAAACUUGCGUAGUGCAGCUUUAAGAAAGAAAUCUUAGUGUCAUUGCUCUGCAUUUUUGCAUUUUUUUUUUCUAGUAUAAAGAAUCGUGAUCAAAUCGAAUCACUGUGCGAUUUACACCCGAAGUGUGCAUGUGUUUGAAUGCAUCCAUGUUGAAAGGUUGUUGCGUGUGUAUUAGUUGGAGUGAUAUUUUGAGUGCAUUGCUGUAAGUAUGCAUGUGAACAAUAUGCUCGGGCUAGAAGAUAGUCAUGUACAAGUUUUUGUUUAAAUGACAACGUGAUGACUUGGAGUUAAGGUCUUACAUGGUGCUGGACCUCGGUGAACAACAAAGAACUCCUUUUCGUCACCGCAAACCACCAGAAAACUCCAAAAACUGCCAAAUCCUAUACAACAACCAGUGCUGAGAGGUGACACUUAAAAGGUCUCCUUUUCAAUGGACCGAGAGACAAUUUGGAAACAUGUAUUUGCUUUAUCUUUGUAAACCAGUAUUAUGCUCUUUUGUAAUAUCUGUGUAAUUUGCAUAGUUGUUUAGAUAUAGCGGUUAUCUUGAAACUCGUCCUAGUCUUGUCGUUUUAAUGCAUUUCUUCCAUUCAUUCUUACAUUUGUAGAUCAGCCAUCAGCCAAAGCAAAACUUGAAUAGGAUAAAAACUGCACUGAAAGAAGUGAUGGGUUGAAUUUGCUAGAUUCAAAUGUGUACAUUUUACACAUUUUUCAUGAUGUCUGAAGUACGUUCAAAUGUAUUACUUUUUUCAGUGCAACUGUUUAUGUGUACAUAGACUACCACAGCAAUAGGCACAGUACUGUAAAGGUAAUAGAGUCUCUUAGCUUGGCAGCCAUAAUCUAUCAUCUGGUUUUCUCUUCAAAUCAGCCCAUUUCUGGAAAAGAAAGUGAUCACACAUGCAUGAGCAUGUUACAUACUUUCUUUUGCAUUUUUUUUUUUCACAUGGUUUGUUUACUCAUGCCCCAUCUGAACAUUUCAUUGUUCAGUCAGGCUGGGGAGGGGGGUCUGUGUACUAGAAUUGUAUUAAGCUGAUGACUUUGUUUUUGAUGUAAGUUUGAGAUAUGAAUAAAGUUUUGGAAAGUACAUGUA